AUGAAGGUGCUUGAGGCCUGUGGCCGUGAAGAAAUCACACCGGGGUCUUACAUCCUAAGCUCAAGCAGCUUCAUGCAUGCAGCUCUGCCUCUGGGAGAGGAGCUUUGGUGCGCGGGGGCAUCCCCUCGUGCCUUCAUGGCUCAGUCUAAUGGAGAUAUACCUUGGGAGAUGCCCAACGCAAACGAAUGCGGUUUUGUUACCAUUGUGCCCCACUGCCACCACUCUCAGCCAGCCGAGAAGUGGCUUUCCUACAGCUUUCUGCCUAUGCUGCAGCGCGUGGCAGCAUCGGGCUCCAGGCUUGGCCGCUGCCUUUUGCGCGAUCUUGUGGCCCUGGACACCAUGGAGGGUGAGGAAUGCGGAGAAGAUGGCCUUGAGCAGCUCUUGAAGCUGGCGCUUAAAGCUGAUGAGAAGCCGGCAGUGCUGCAGCACAUCGAUGUCCUGACCUUUGCAGAGCUCACAAGCCGGGUGGUCGCGCUCUCGGCGCGCCUGGAAGACCUGCCUGGGUUCCUCGGGAUCUGCGUGCACAGGACCUUCGCACUGGUGGUCUCCUUGCUGGCCAGCCUUCGGUGCAGAAAAGUCUUCAUCCCCCUUGAUCCGGGCUUUCCCGCGAAGCGCCUGGCCUACAUUUUGGAAGACGCUUGCCCUGGGGCUUUGCUGUUGGAGGAGACGGUGGUGUCUCAGCACCCGGAGCUCUGGGGCUCUUGCCGACAGAUCCUGGUUCUCGACCGAAGUGGACAGUGCCAGGAGACCACGAAGACUGGGCCUCACUGGGAAGGGGAGGAAGUCCCAGCCGCGGCCGCCUAUUGCAUCUACACCAGCGGCAGCACGGGGAAGCCCAAGGGAGUGCUCGUCUCGCGGCCGAACUUGCACCUCGGCCCUGUGCGAAUGCACAACUUGCUCUCCUCCUUCUUGAAGCUCCUGGGCAAGCACCUGGAGGGCUGCGUCUGGGUGGCCGUGACCACCUUCUGCUUUGACAUCGCGCUUCUUGAGCUCCUCCUUCCUUUGAUGUGCAACUGCUUGCUGGACAUCGUGGAUGCGCAGAUCUCCAAGCAGGGUCCAGAGCUGAAAGCCCGUCUGGCCAAGUAUCCGAGGCUGGCUUUCCAGGCUACACCCAGCAGCUACGGCCUCCUCAGGUCUUGUGGCUGGACACCUCCCAAAGGGGCCACGCUGCUUUGCGGAGGCGAGCCCUUCCCCCCAUGGCUCAGCGAGCUCGGCGCCGAUGUGUACCUCUACAAUGUGUACGGUCCCACAGAGACCACCAUCUGGUCAACUGCGCAGCGCGUCGACCAGCCGGCUGCUUCGGUGCCAAUCGGGCCCCCAAUCAGCGAGACGACUCUACGGCUGUCCUGCGAGCGCCUCCAGAAGGAUGAGUUCAAUGGCGCGCAGGAUGCCGCCACUGGGGAGCUCGUCAUAGGAGGCGCUGGAGUAAGCCUGGGGUAUUGGAAAAAGGCUCAGCUGACCCAAGAACGCUUCAAGCUCUCUGCCAGUUGCAAGGAGUUCUUCACUGGAGAUCUGGUGCGAACGGACGACAACGGCAACGUCUACUGCCUUGGGAGGAUGGACGAGCAGGUCAAGGUCAAUGGCUUUCGUAUCGAGCUUCGCGAAAUCGAUGCUGCCCUGGCCUGCUGCCCCGAAGUCGAGCUCGGCGCCUCUGACGUGAGGAGGAACCGUCUCGGCCAGCCUGUUCUUGUUGCCUACGUGGUCUGGCGGGAAGGCUGUGGUGGCCAUGACCUUGAGUUGCACAAGCACUUGCGCGAGCAGUUGCCGGAGUACAUGUGGCCGCAGAAGACUGUUGUCUUGAACGACUUGCCCAUGACCCUCAACGGCAAGCUGGAGCGAAAGCGUUUGCCAGAUCCCUGGCAGCGAGAUGAAAAUGUACUGCAGGAGCGCCCUGCAUUGCAGCCGGGCAGUGCGCUUCCAGAGGCGCACCCAACCGCCGGUGCCUUGCGAGGCGUCGUCCUGCAGGUCAUUCAGGAGUUGAUCGAAGGGGCAAGCCCAUGCCUUCUGCGGCACAGCGUGGAGGAGCCUGCUGAAGGUGAGGAGUGGCGGCAUCUGGGUCUGACCUCCUCCAUGGCCGCGGCGUUCGGUGUGGCCUUAGGGAGACAUCUGGCCCUGCGCUGGCCGCAGUGCCGCUGGCCUUCGUUGGGCGCCGCGACGAUGUUCCAGUGUGGAAAUGUCUCUCUUCUGGUGGCCUUCUUGCUUGGGGAGGAGUCUUUGGAGGACAACGGCUCCCGUGGCUCUGGCGUGGCAAGGCACGUGGCUUCCCUGGGCAGCCUCUGCAUGACGGCACAGGCUAUGGAACACCUGGGCUUGCGGCGAUGGCCCGGGCCGUUUGACUGGGUUUUCUCUGCACCCGAAAUGGUCACCCACUGCCUCCAGGACGGUUUCACGUCCUUCCUCGAUCCGGCGUGCUACGUGGCAACUGCGUGCAAGAAAGCAGGCCACAAGAUUUACUCGCCGAUGUUGCAAAGAGAUGUGAUCUUCAACCAUCACAAUCCAAUGAUCCCCGCCGACUACGACUUCCUUAUCUCCUGUGUACACUCCUUUCAGCAACUGCUGAAAGGCUGGACACCUAGACAUCUCCAGUGCAUCUCCGAUCAAGACUUUGUACUGUUCCUACUAUUCAACCUCGAGCGACGUGUAGAGCUCCAGGACACAGCCGUGCUGGAGCUCUUCGAAGAGCUCGCCCGACACUCUACCUUGCGUUUUCGGCUGCUCGUCGUGAAGGUCUUGACGAAAGCGACAACAGCUUCAGAGGACAAACCCCAGGAACGGCUUCUGAUGCAGCGCAAGGUUGAUCUGCAGGAGCUCUACGUGCACGAGCUGCGCUGCCUGGGCAGCCAUGAUGGCUGGCGCUUCAGCGACGAGGCGGAUCUGCGGCUCCUGGAGAGAAUCAUUCAACACCGCUGUCCGGAGUUCAGGCUCUUUGCCGGUGCCCCCACUGCCGACCCAGCCAAGUGCGGCACUGCCGGCUGCCCAUAUCUUUGCACCUGGCUUUCCGGCCACUGCUGCCACCGGUGCAAGACCACUGGGUCCCAUGCCCACGGACCUCGCUGCGACUUGGCGCUUUUCGAGGAGCAUGAGGAGAAGGCAAAACAGAAGGCUGAGAAAAAGGCCGUGUGGGGCGGUCCAGUGCAGCACACGAGCACGCAGGGCGGCUUGGGCGUGGUGGUGCCGCGGGCAGAUCGCUUUCGAAAGUGCCUGUCCCUGGCACAACAACUGCAGCAGCAGCGGCCGAAGUCCCUGCAACUUCAGACCUCGGCCCUUCGCCGGCUGGAGCGGUGCCUCAUAGGAGAGCCGGACGCUCCUGAGCCCAAAGAGCCUCUCAACGCUGCUAGAAACCGUGAGGCGACGGGCUGUGAGCUUCUUGGCCAUCCGAUCCAGGAGGGGCCGAGUUGGAGGCUCUGGUGCCCUUUGGAAGCCAACCUUGUCGCGUCCCUGGAGCUUCUAAGGGACUUCGCAGCUUCCACAGGCGCCUCCCCCCUUCUCCUGGGCCCCACUCGGGUCUUCGAGAACCUGGCCGGCCUGUCAGGUGCUGGCUUCCGGGUGUUGUGCCGCUUCAAGCAGAACGCCGAGCUCUUCUCUGCUUGGCCCCUGGACCGCGGUGAGCAUGGAUACCGGGGGCCAGUCGAGAAGCUGCCCAGGACGCCGGAGGAGUUUGUCGUGGUGGCUCUUGAGCAUUGA